UUGAGAUAAAAAUAAAAGGAAAAAUAAUGAGGAACCCUCUCUUUCUCCUCUCGCUUCUCCUUCUAAUCUUACCCUCCUCCUACUCCCAAACUCCAAACCCCAAUACCAAGCCGCCACUCCACCAGGCCCACACGGAGCUUAUCAACUUCGGCUUUCCGAUCGGUCUUCUUCCGGCCUCGGUGAAGAAGUACACUCUUAACCAAACUUCAGGUGACUUCGCCGUUGAUCUCGGCGGCACGUGCAAGAUCACUCUCCCGCCUGACAACUACCUGGCUACUUACUCCAAGAGGAUAACGGGGAAAAUUGAAAACGGAAAGAUGGCGGAGUUGGAUGGGAUCCGGGUCAGGGCUUUGUUCAAGUGGUGGUCCAUUACCGGCAUCCGAUCCAGUGGGGAUAAUUUGGUCUUUGAAGUCGGGAUGGUUACGGCUAAAUACCCAGCUAAGAACUUCGGUGAAAGCCCUUUCUGUGAAGGCCGUCAUUCGUCUUCUUAAAAGUUAAAACCGAAGUAGAAAAUAAAGGGCUUCUCGGUUUGCUGCACAGAUUAGGUUAUUACGUAUUUUUCUGUCAUCGUAAGAUACUUGUCUCAUCUAAGACUAAAUGAAUACACCGUAAUCUUAGGAUGUCUGUCUCAGCUAAGACUAAACUAUAGGAUUGACGUUAUCUUCCCUUGCAUAUUUAUGUUACCACGGAUUUAUGCACUAGUGCAGACCCCUAUCAUUUAAGGUGUUGUGGAUGUUCUUGAAGCUC